UCGAGGGUUGAAUACAGAUUCAAAGGGUGCAACGCUGGAAACUUAUUGUUUUUCUAAUUUACACUCAGUAGUACAAUGGAUAAUUACCAGUAUCCUUUGUUUUUUGAGGCAAAAGACCUCACAGACCGAGAGAAAGAGAAGCUGAGAAGACACUUUCAGAAAAAAAGAGAUUCAGGUGGAGGUGAAUGUGGGAUGAUAGAAAAAGUUGGAGACAACACCUAUAAAAUCUGCUUCAUGCAAAAAGAAGACCAGGAAAGGGUUUUGAACAGGAAGUUUCACACCGUCUCACUGCCACGAGGGGAGCUGUGCUUGACAGUGACUCGCACCAACAUGCCUCAAAAUCCCCAGCUCACAGAUCAACAAUCCACCAGUCAACAACAGACGUUUACAAAAGUCAACACUAAAGAGCUUGAGAAGGUCUACCCACUGGAAAUUUACCUUUUAUAUUAUCUGAGAGACAGUCCUAAGGUGUUCAAAGUCUUACAGAAGCAACUUAAAGCUAUUAGCUGCACAAUCCAGCUGAAUCCAGAGGAGGAAGAGGCUGUGGUUAGUGGGAGUGCUGAAAAGGGACCAAGUGGGGCUUCUGAUGCUGCAGCAACAUGGGAGUUACAGGUGGAUCGCACUGUUGUUGGUUUCAUUGAGAACUACCUCUGCUAUCAUGUGUUUGAGCCGGAAAAAGUGAAAAUCUUACUGCAAGAUUUUUCCUCCAUGACGGAGGAUAUCAGGGUGUACAAAGAUGAAGGCUAUGUGGUCGUCGUGGGAGAGGUUCAGGUCGUGAGGGAGAAGAUGGCAAUCCUGGAGAAGAACCUGCCGAUCAAGAAGGAGUGCUCGGCUCCAGAGAAGCAGUUCAACUUGGUAGAGGAAGAGUUCAGUCGUGAGAUUACUGCAUGUUGCCCAAAUGUUAAAAUCUUCCGGGGUAAGCCAAACACAAUCAUCUUAGAAGGCCCUGAAAAAGAGGUGCAAUUAUUUUCUACAAAGCUUGAUGAGCUGAUCAAAAGAGUAAAAGAAAAGAGAGUUCCACUCCCUACAGUCCUGCUGAACUUCAUAACUUCCAGUGGUGCUAUCUCAAAAUACAAGGCCCGCUUCAAGCAGAGCCUUCGCAGCCCAGUUGCACUAGAGACGGGUUCAGACCUGGUUCUGUCCAGCUUGUCCUCUGAUGCCCUGGAAGAGGCUGCAGCUGCAGUGCAGAGAGAUCUGUGUAUGGACACCAUACAGCUGGAGGGCACGCUGGCUGUAGCUCCAGAUCUUGACAGGGUGAAGGAGGUCCUAACCAAAGCCAAGAAUGAGGCAAACUGUGCAGGCCUCAGGGUGGAGGUCAACUUUAACCCGGCAGCAAGUGCAACCCCAAAAAUCCAAGUCCAGCUGGUGGGCUAUAGUGCAGAUGUUGGAAAGCUGAAAGCAGUUCUGACUGACUACCAGCUCAACCAGGCUGAGGUACAACAACAGCUAAACCUCCAGCUGCCUGAAAUAGUGGACAGUUUUGAUGAAAUCUUGGCCUUGAUUGGCAUGAAACGUCCCACUGUGAAGCUAACAGCCUCCCACUCUCCAAAUCCAUGUGUGUUCCUGUCUGGCCCCCGCUCUCGUGUCCAGGAGACUCAUCAGGCCCUGCAAGCGACUCUGAGCACCCUGGUCUGGGACAACCUGGUUCUGGACGGGCCAGGGGCUCAGCAGUACUUCCAGAAAGAUGGGAAGAGGAGCAUGGAGCUAGUAGAGAGCUCCUGUCAAGUGCUGAUCAGGGAACAACAAGGGGGCAGCAUGAGCUCUCAAAACACAGCAACAGCCCCAAACUUGAACACAAGACAGCGAAACAGCAGUAUCCCCAGCCAAAGCAACACUGCUAGUGCUUCCACCAGCAGAUGGCGCUGCAACACCACCAGCAGCACUGGAACAAAUGUGCCAGGCAACAAAAUUAUCCUGGAAAUCAAGAUUGGCAAUUUGGAAGAUGUGCAGGUGGAUGUCUUGGUGGUCCCCAUAAUCAAAGCACAACUGAGAUCUACUAACAUUGGUAUAAGUCUACUGAAUAAAGCAGGGAACACACUGAAGUCAACCUUUGACGUUAUGAUGGGAGGACGAAACUUCACCCCUGGUGACGUGCUCCAGGUUGAUGGACCUCGGUCCCUGAGCUGCUCUAAGAUCUUCUUCAUUGAGUGUCUGCCAUGGGAUGGAGCUAGAGCACAGAGUGCAAAGACACUCGGUACUGGGCUGCGGAAGUGUCUAGACCUCUGUGGACAGCAAGGCUGGGUUUCAGUGGCUUUGCCCAUCAUUGGGCCUGGGCUGGCACUGAACUACCCACUGAGAGAAGCUGUCGAGGUUCUGACUCACACCAUUGGUCAGUUUGGACGUUCUGGCUCCACUGGUUCUCUCUCCACCAUCCACAUUGUCAUAAAACCAGGGUACCCUGACUCUGAAGACUGCUACCAUGACGUGUAUAGUCACCUCAGCGUAGUCAUGAGUCAAGGAGGCCAAGCAAUAUUCCAGUCCUUGAACAGCGACCUUGACGACGUCAUACUGUCGGUGGGAGGGGGAGUCACUCUACAGCUGGUGUUUGGUGACAUCACCAAUGAGACCACAGAUGUUGUGGUGAACACAACUGACUUCACUGAUUUUGAGUCAGAUGGUGUGUGCAAAGACAUUUUAACUAUGGCUGGACCACAGGUUAAGGCUGCACUGCAAUCAGCACAUGUGAAAAAAGGGGAGAUUUUUGUGUCCCAGUCCGGGCAGUUCCCUUGUAAGGCUAUUUUCCAUGUAUGCGGACAAAAGGAUGCAGGCAUCAUUGAAGGACUGGUGCGUGACAUCAUUACAUCUUGUGAAGCCAAAGGAUACAAGUCUGUGGCAAUUCCUGCCAUUUGCGCUGGGAUUGGUGGGCUGGAACCCAGUGCUGUGGCAAAUGCCAUCCUCAGUAGCAUCAGUGCCACUGUGUUGUCCACUCCCCUUCGGUGCCUCUCCCACAUCCGCCUUGUCCUGAUUAAGAUCAAUGUUUUCCUGGCGUUCAAAGAGGCAGCGAGGCAGAUAUUUCCUCGUGCUCUGUCCCACACAGUGUCAGCGCCUCAGGCACCUCAGGCACCUCAGGCACCACUAUACCAAACUCCAGUGUCUGUAAUCACAAGGCCAAGCAGCCUCUUUACACCUCGCUCCACGCGUCAGCAGUCAGCCUUCCUGAUCCUGGGUUUGUGCAAGAAGGAUGUUGCCUGUGCCAUCAUGGAGCUGGAGCGAUUGUACCAGACUCAGUGCUUAAAGCAAAACUUCCCAAAGAAAGAGUUGGAAGAUCUUUCCCAGGAAAACAUAGACAAUCUGACGCACCUGAUAGAGAUGCUGGGCCUGUGUGUGGAGGAGAACCGGGACACAUGGACUGUGAGCGGGCUGAAUGACGAGGUUACCCAGGUGAUGCAGAUGUAUCACGCUUGUCUUCAUGGCUCUCUCCAGAGAGAGAUGAGAAGCAGGGAGGAGGAGGAAGUGUUUGGCCGCGUGGCUUGGUGCAUCCUGGGAUUGAGAGGUGACUGGGAAAGGCUUCCGAGAGCGGCCCAUCAUGACCUGGAGAAAAAAGAUGUGAGGGGAGGGAUAGUGGAUGCACACGGGGACCAGUGGGACGUCAAUCUGGCAAAAAUGGAGGCUGUAGCCGUGGCAAGGCGGCAAACAACGCAACUGAAACGACUUGAGAAUCUAGCUGACUUCCCUCUUCCACUGUACUGGGACAACAUGGUUCCCGGUGAACAUGUGAAGAUAGUUCAGCUGCAGUCUUCUUCUGCGGAGUACAAGAGGGUGAAGCAGGCCUUCAAACGAACUGUUUUCAAGACUGUAAUUAAGAUUGAGCGUUUGCAAAAUAUACAUCUCCGCCGUGGCUAUGAAGUGGAACACAAAAAGAUUUCUGAUAAGAACAGGCAGAGGAGGGAUGCAGGCGAGAAGUUGCUCUACCACGGGACGACUGAGGAAAACUGCCAGUCCAUCAUUACAACUGGGUUCAACAGGAGCUUUGCAGGACAAAAUGCAACUGUAUACGGUGUUGGGACGUACUUUGCUGUCAACGCGAGCUACUCGGCCGACCCCACCUACUCCAAGCCAGCUACGGACGGCACCCAGUUAAUGUUUGUGGCUCGAGUCCUGACUGGGCUUUACGCCUUGGGUGAAAGGGAGAUGAAGGUCCCUCCGCCUCGGGACCCCCAGCAUCCCCAUGACCGCUUCGACAGCGUGGUGGACAACGUACAGAAACCCAGCAUGUUUGUUGUGUUCCACGAUAACCAGGCGUACCCCGACUACCUGAUCACAUUCAAGUGACUGUGAUCAGGUCAUCAGCUCUUUAUCUACUCCAGGUGGUAGCCUGGAGCUGAUCAUGUGUUUGUUUGUGAGUCUGUGUAUCUGUCUCACAUAUUACUGGGACAAUAAGUCUAAUACUUUUUGUGCACAGUUAUGACUGUAUGAUGAUCCUCUGAUGGUUGCAGGAAUUAUACCAAUGACAUUUAUUAUAUUGGGCAGGCAUUUGAUCUCAAAAUCCUGCUCCAGUAAAAAGACAAAAUGGGGUCUGAAUGGUUUUACAGAAACAAAUACAUAAAAAAUUUUAAAGUAAUGAAUUGACCUUUUAAGUUUUAGUUGUUGACGUCUCGACUUUAAAAGUUUACUUAGUAAUUAACGUUAUAGUGCAAUGAUAAUUGUUGUCAUCAUAGGCGAUUAGGCAAGUUCAGUUGAUUGUAGUACUUUGAAUUGUAUGUAAGAUAAGCUUUAAAUACAGACUUGCAUCUUGUCAUUAUCUGCUCUGACUCAAAGCCAUUUACACAACCACCACCACUGCCACACUCACAAACACACACAUGCACAUUUUGCAUUUACCACUCCUUUAUUUGGUUGAUAUUUGAAUUCUGUCUUGUAAGAGGAAAAGAAAAAUAGGAAGAAACAGGUUUAAACUUUUACGAUAUCAUGAAGAGGUGUGUUAAAAUUUUACUCGAAUAGCAAUACUUAUAAUUGGUAGAAAUUGUUUGCCAAUCAAAGGGACUAAAUGUAGCAAAUAAAUCAACUUCAGGUGCAAGUGCUCAGUUACUUUUUUACUCUUGAAUGGAAAUCAUUUUGACAUGUGAAUUUUGCAGAAAUAAAAUCCAAAU